CCUACAUCUCCACUGUGCAGUCCAACAAAGACCUCACUGUCACCAAAGCGACUGCACUGUCUUCUCUCCACCUCCAAGCUUCCAGCAGCAGAGAUCAUGGAUAUUACCAUUCAACACCCCUGGUUCAAACGAGCUCUUGGCCCCUUAAUUCCAAGCCGUUUGUUCGACCAGUUUUUUGGAGAAGGUCUUUUUGAUUAUGAUCUCCUGCCUUUAUUUUCCUCUACCAUCAGCCCUUACUACAGGCAGUCUCUCUUCCGCACUGUUCUUGAGUCAGGUGUUUCCGAGGUGAGAUCUGACCGGGACAAGUUUACAAUCUUUUUGGAUGUAAAACAUUUCUCCCCUGAAGAUUUGAGCGUGAAGGUCAUCGAUGACUUUGUGGAAAUCCAUGGCAAACACAAUGAGAGACAGGAUGACCAUGGGUACAUCUCCCGUGAAUUCCACCGCAGGUACCGCCUCCCUUCCAAUGUGGACCAGUCUGCCAUUUCCUGCUCUCUGUCUGCUGAUGGCAUGCUGACCUUCUCUGCACCCAAGGUCCAGUCCAACACUGACCUUAGCCACAGUGAGAGACCCAUUCCUGUAUCCCGUGAAGAGAAGCCAACCUCGGCUCCUUCUUCCUAGGCUGAACCUGCUGCUGCUGAAGCAUCCAGGCUGUCACUUCUUGCAGGCCUCAUUCACAGAGCCAUUACAUAGAUAUCAGUGAAUAUCUAGAAGGGUUUCUUUUUUUUUUCUUUUUCUUUUUUUUUUCUAAUUUUUCUCUUGGAUGGAAUGAGAGGCUUGGUGAGCACCUAGAGGACUUGGAAGCUCUAAGCCUAAAACACUGUGAUGUCAGGAUGGCCUGAAAGAUGAAGUGUGCUGCGGAGCUGAUGUACUUGCUGAAAAGGGGUCUUGAACAUCUUACAAGCCCACCUGAAGAGGCAGGCAGCAUUAGCUCUCCAUGCCUCAAUUGUUAAGUUUGGUGCGGCAAAAGCAACCAUACAGAAUUGUUCUCUGCUAAAGCAAUUCAGACACAGAAGCAAAUGGGAGCUAAGCUGAUUACUGAGAAAAAGAACCAGGAAGAGUCUAUGGCAUUUGAAAUGAACGUGCCAUGAGCUCUUCCAGGUAAAAGCAGAAAUUAUGACAUAAGUCUUGGGUGGGGCUGUAACUUUUUCCAGCAAAGUUUUUU